AUGUAUAGUUUUAUUUUGGGCACCUACAUGGUAGAAAUUGGCAUCGAUCGAAGCUAUUCGUUUUACAAAGCAAAUAAACAUAGAAAUGAAACUCUGAAUAAACCUUUCUUGAUGCCGCUUUGGUACCCCUUCGAUAAGAACAAAUAUUACAGUUGGGCGUUCUGUUAUGAAGUGGCAAUGGUUUUUGUCACAGCUCUGUACACUUCCUCUGUAUAUGCGUUUAUAAAUUCUAUUAUAAUAUUUGCCAGGGCCCAAGUCAAGAUAUUGCAACACUCGUUCUCUAAUUUCGAUAAUUACGCUGUCAAAAUCAAACGUGAAAAUUCAGACGAUAUUAUUCUGGUGACGUUGAAAGCUUUCGUUAUGAAACACCACAAGUUAAUUAAUUGGUUGGACGAAUUGGACAAUUCGUUAAACGUUCUUCUCUUGUUGGAAUACUCUAUCACUUCGGUAACUCUGGCAGCCAUCACAAUUCAAAUAUACGCAGGCCGGGACUCUUUAUAUCAGGGCUUAUAUUUAACCCUUAUAUUUCUUCAACUGUUAAUUUUGGCUUGGAACGCCGACGAAAUUAAAGAACAGAGUUCAAAUUUAGCUGAUGCUCUGUAUAGCAGCAACUGGUAUGAGCAGACCCAAAAAGUAAAAGUAUUCAUACAUAUAAUGAUGGUGAGGUGUCAGAAACCGCUUACUCUCUCAAUCGGUCCAUUCGGAGCGAUGACGGCAAAUGCAGCCUUGUCGAGGGCUAAGCUGGCAUAUUCCUACGUAUCACUGAUGUCUGGGAAUAAUAAACCAUAAUUGAUAAUGUUCCUUAGAUUAGAUUCUACUUCAUCAUUUAAUGUUAACUCAAGAAUCUUGCACAAACUGUUUUCUAGGGUUCCUAUGGCAUG